AUGGACAACACUCUAUACACAGCCUUUAUAGGAAGAGUUGUCAAGGUGAAGAUAUGUGACAGCUCGGAAUUCAGAGGAACAUCUGUUGCGGUAGAUGCAUAUCUCAACAUAUCCUUAGAGUCUGUGUCUUAUAUCCAGAGUGGCCAAGAACCUAGGCAUUAUUCCUCUCUGUUUAUCAAAGGAUCAUACAUUGAUCACAUAGCAUUGGAUGCAUGA